CGCAGUCCACGGCCCCGUCAGUGGCCGAGCCGCCGCUGCGCUCUUCCCUCCCCGGUCUUUCUUCCAUGAUCCUCUCUCCUCCUCUUCCUCUCCUCGCUGAGCUGCGUCUCUGUCCGCCGGCACCGCAUCAUCUGCGUCCCUAACAUGAGAAUACAAAGCUGUCGUUCUUCCAUCUAGACGGGAAGUCGCACCUCACAGAGUCAAGAUGGGGGGCACAAUGAGUGAGGAGCCACCAGUCUCCCCCAGCUGGCUGAGCCCUGAUCCCACAGCGUGGGCCAGCGGGGCCCCAAUGGACAACAGCACCAGCUUGGGGUCGUUCCCAGCGGAGGACUCGCCCCUGCGGCCUGGCCAGCUGCCACUGCUGGUCAACCCCUGGGACAUCGUGCUGUGUUCAUCGGGGACCCUGAUUGCCUGCGAGAACGCCUUGGUGGUGCUGGUGAUCUGGCAGAACCCGACGCUCAGAGCCCCCAUGUUCCUCCUGAUCGGCAGCCUGGCUCUGGCCGACCUGCUGGCCGGCCUGGGCCUGGUCCUUCACUUCAUCUGUGCCUACCUGCUCCGCUCGGACUCGGCCCAGUUGCUAACGGUGGGUCUGGUGGUGGCCUCCUUCUCGGCCUCCGUCUUCAGCCUGCUGGCCAUCACCGUCGACCGCUACCUGUCGCUCUAUUACGCCCUCACCUACAACUCGGCGCGGACGACGGCCUUUACCUACACCAUGCUGGUGCUACUGUGGGGUCUCUCCCUGUGUCUCGGCCUGCUGCCGGUCACCGGGAUCAACUGCCUGGCCGAGGAGGUCACCUGCAGCGUGGUUCGACCUCUGACCAAGAACAACAUUGCGGUCCUGUCCGUCUCCUUCCUGCUGCUCUUCGGCCUCAUGCUGCAGCUCUACGUCCAGAUCUGCAAGAUCGUAAUGCGCCACGCCCACCAGAUCGCCCUGCAGCACCACUUCCUGGCUGCCACGCCCCACUACGUCACCACCCGGAAGGGCGUUUCCACCCUGGCCAUCAUCCUGGGCACCUUCGCCGCCUGCUGGAUGCCGUUCACUGUCUACUCCCUCAUAGCCGACUACACCUACCCUCCGCUGUACACCUAUGCCACGCUGGUGCCUGCCACUUACAACUCGGUCAUCAACCCGGUCAUCUACGCCUUCAGGAACCAGGAAAUCCAGAAGGCGCUGUGGCUGGUGUGCUGUGGCUGCGUGCCGACCAGCGUGGCGCACCGUGCUCGGACACCCAGCGACGUGUGACCUCGGAGACCCCGGGGGUGGGACGAGAAGGGUCAGCUCUGCUCCUCCACUGGAGCCGUCCAGCGUUUCGAGGAGGGCAGCGGCGUAGGGACGCGGGUGCAGCUCUGGUUGGAGACGCAGCAGCCCGCCGUGUCUUCCUGUCUUCCCAGCGCCAGGCCAAGAAGGUGGGCUGCAUCCUGCCCACUAUGUGUGUUCUUAAUUUCUACAGGAAAGUGCAUCCCCGUGUUCCGGUGCGUGGAAGCAACGCACGCCCUCUGACAGCUCUGUAGCUUUACUUGUUUUCACGAUGCACAGAAAUGAUCCCAGCUGAUGAACAGCGGCUGAGUAACACUUGAAGCCCGUCUGGGGCAGCAGCAGCAACAGCAGCAGGAGCGUCCCGGUUGGUGCCGCCGCCACUGCCGCCGCUGCCGCUGCUGCUGCACUCAGGACGUGCAUCGAAAGCUGAGCAGACCCGGAGAGCUAAAAAUAGACCCGAUGCUCUCUGAUCCGCUCCACAGACGCCGGGGUAAAAAAAAAAAAAUCUAGCCUCUUUUUCUCCGCGCCUCGCCCAUUUCUCUCCUCCCUCCUUCCUGCUUUCUCUCCUCUCUCUUCUGGCUGUCGAUUGCGCAUGAAUGUGCAACAAUAAGAAAGCCUCCAAACAGACCCGCCCAAGCAGUACCUGCCCUCUGUAUUUUUAUUAGUUUAUAUAUACCAAACCAAAAAGAAAGCCUAUAUAUUAUCUCUUAAAAGAAAAAAAGUCUAAGUAUUUAAAAAGACAUCUCAGGAUCUAAUUGGAGAUUCAAUUCACCAAAGUUUUCCAAAAUAGCUAAAAUUCUUGUCAUUUGAUCAGAAAGAAACAACUUUGUACUUUGUGAAUCCAUGUUUUGCUACCCAGCUGUGUUCCUCUUGUCGGGGUACAUCUGUUUGUGAGAACAGAAACAACAUUGGACAGCAUCUUUCACUAACGGGAUUAGCUGUAAUUAGCAUGUAACUAGCACAGUCCAGUGACGUGAGGUGGGCCGCGCGUAGCCACUGCAGGCUAUGUGCCGUGGCUGCCUGACUUCAUUGUGACCCAAAUAAUUUUGUCUAUGUACAAAGUACCACCGUGUACCUCACAUGUGCUGCAUUAUAAGAGCUAAAACUGUCACACCAAGGUCAUGGGAGCUGUUAUUUAAUUAAUUUUUUAAAUGUUGCUUUUUGCUUUUCGCAUUAGAUACCUUGCGAAAGUUGUCGCACUUUUAAACUUUUUCACAUUGUGUCACGUUACAACAAGACUUAAAUGUGUUCCAUUGGGAUUUUAUGGUAAACAAAAUAGAGCGUAAUAGAGAAUUGGAAGAAAAUUAGCAUAUUGCAAAAUCUUGUGCGCUGAAAACCUCCAGCUGUGGGUGUUUAGGGGAAUGUUUGUGUUGUUGCUGCUGGAAGGUGAACCUCUGCUGGAGUCUCAGGUUUUCUGCUGCCUGUCAGAGGUUUACUUCUAGGGCCAGCCCUUCGUUUGGCUCCAUCCACGUUCCCAUCCAACUCUGACCAGCUUCUCUGUGCCUGCCGAAGCGUCCCCUCAGCAUGAUGCUGCCACGGGCUUGCUGAGGGUAACGCGUGGUGCUAACAUAGUGCUCUGUACGUAAACCAAAAAGUUUUAAUUCUGGUCUCAUCUGAUCUGCUUUCCUUUCCUAGCUGAGGAAUAAUAAUAAUAAAAUUAAAAAAAAAAAAAAAAAA